AAUUACUGAAAAAAUAAAUUUUUAUCUAAACUUAUCCAAAGCAGAGCAAUCUACCUAUUUAUAACAAUUAAAUUUAGACAUACGGUUAAUUUGUUGCCUGUUUUGAUAUGAUGAGCCUGCUAUAUUGUUCAAUUAUCGAUAAUUGAUGUCAAAAGUAUUUUUCUGUGAGUAGCUUUAAGUGGUACCUAGACAGUAUUACUUCCAAAGUGACUUUAAAUUACGUGGACGUGGAUAUAAACUUUUAUGUAAUUCGUUCAGAAUGACAAGAAAUCAAUUUGAUGAGCAUACAAUUAUCGAACAUACAAAUAGGAAAAAAACUUAAAAAAUGUUUCAAAUUCUACUUCAUUAUCAUUCACUGAGAAGUUCGGACAAAAAAUGGCUUUUGGUUACCCGAAAAAUUUCUUUCAAGCUAACCAAUUUCUUCAAAAAGUUGCCGGAAUAUGGUUUCCAGAAAGUGACUACAAUUCAGUCUUCAGAAUAAUGUAUCUACUGUACGUUUUGUUUUUUUACGGUAUAUGUUUAACAUUUUUUUAUGGCACGUCGAUUAUGCUGAGCGAAAGUAUGAAGAAUCUAGGCACUUUUGCUACCCACCUGGGAAUCUUGCUGACUAAUAUAAACGGGCUAAUCAAGGUCUUUAUCCUGGCUGUACGAUGGAAGAAAAUUAGGAAAGUAAUGGGUGCAUUGCAGAAUGAGAGUUAUCGGUAUGUCUCGUUGGGUGAGAGCCAUCCAGGCUUUUUGUUGACAAAAGAAAUGAAAGUCAACUCGGUGAGUUCAUACUUGGUGAGUAUCUGUCUCUGUAACAUCGAAAUUGAAAUUUGCAAUGGCACACAUCUUCUCGUAAUGUAUGGAUUCACUGGUAUCUCUGGAAACCUAGCAACUUUAAUCAAAUUGACUACAGAAAUAAGAGGAGACGAUACAUUCGAAACUACCAAUAAGACUUGCGAUGAUUUUUUGUCCUUUAUGUACAAAGCUCCAUUUGAUACCGAUACAAAAUCCCACUGCAUUAUAGCAUCUAUUAUCGUGAAUUUGGGAAUGCUAGCUCAAUCAGUCAUUCAUGCAAGUAAGAAACAUUCUCAUGACGGCUUCUUCAUCGGACUUGUGAUUUGUCUGAAAACCCAAUUUCGGAUCAUCGGAAAUGUAUUGAAGGCAAUCCGGGAAAGAAGUUUGGAAAGCAUCGGCCUUCCAAGGGAUUACUCUAUUCUGCACGAUGAAAGCAAUCCCGUUCUGGAAGAGGAAUUGUACGGACAACUAUCUCAUUGUACUGAACAUUUGAAAAUACUAUUGAGUGUUCGAGAUGACAUAGAAAAUAUUUUCACAUUCGUACUUCUGAUACAAACCUUAGCUUCGCUAUUAAUCUUCGCAUCCUGCUUGUAUGUUGCCUCUGCAAUUUCUAUGACCUCUGCUGACUUCUAUGCUCAAAUAGAUUUCUUCUUUGGUGUAUUCGUACAAUUUUCUUUCAUGUGUUGGUUUGGAAGUGAAAUAAGCGAUGCCAGUGAAAAUAUAAAUUUGUCGCUGUACGAAAGUGACUGGCUCAGUUGCAGUCCUAGAUUCAGGAAGUCCAUGAUUUUCACCAUGAUUCGAAUGCAACGAUCUCUGUAUUUUUCCAUUGGAAAGUUUAGUCCGCUCGACUUGACUACGUUGGUUAUGGUCUGUCGUGGGUCAUUCUCCUACUAUAUGUUAUUCAAGAGUGUCCAGUAAUGAACCAGGUGUCCUGGAAAUAUAACUAGCACAGCAUUUCGCACCUAGCUAUGAAUCAACGGAAGUCACUCAUUCAUUAUUUAUAAAUGGCAUUCAAUCACAGAUAGACAGGUGUUUAUCUGAUUGAAUCAGGAACAUUAAACAUAAUUUGUGUUUCUUAAUGCAACCAAGAAAUACACAUAUCAGUGAAAAUGGAACAAUAUCACCGUAGAUUGCAAUGUAAAAAAAUACAAUACAAACCU